AUGCCUACAAACGAGCGUCGUGACAUUGUCAUCGUCGGUGGUGGUAUCAUUGGCUGCUGCUCGGCAUAUUAUUUGACAAGACACCCGUCAUUCGACCCAUCGCGUCACUCAGUGACGCUCAUCGAAGCCUCUGAGAUUGCCGGAGGUGCGUCUGGUAAGGCCGGUGGCCUUUUGGCGCAAUGGGCAUACCCAAGCAACAUCGUGCCGUUGAGCUACAAACUCCAUGCGGAACUGGCCAAGGAGCACGGUGGAAAGGAUAGAUGGGGCUACAGAGAGGUCAAUUGCGGGCAACUGAUCGCAAAGGGUCGUACGCUGAACGAUAAGAAAGAGGCAACGGGUGGAGAGGCUGGGAGCUCAGUAUCUCUACAGAAGCGAAGCGCAGAUGCUCUGGCGAAGCUGAAGAAGGCAAGAGUCCCACAGGAUCUUGAUUGGAUCGAGCCAGAUCUACUGCGAGGCUACGAGAGCAUGAGUGAUCCCGGAGAAACUGCCCAAGUCCACCCCUACCUCUUCACCACCUCCAUUGCAAAACUUGCCGAAGAGAAAGGCGCAAAGAUCACUCUCGGAUCUGUAACAGGCAUCGGUUAUUCAGGAGAUGCCGUUGAGUCGGUUUCCUACACAGACAAGGAAACGGGCGAAGCCCGUACCAUACCUGCCACGGACAUCGUUGUUGCUGCCGGUCCUUGGACAAGAUCGGUCAUGCCAAACGCCCCAAUCUCCGCGACACGAGCCCACAGUGUGGUCAUUCGACCCACGAGACCAGUCAGUGGAUAUACUUUGUUCACUAACAUUGAGAUACCCGCCAACUUCGACCCAUCGAAACCCUCACGACCGACUGUUGCGCAACCGGAGAUCUACGCCCGCCCCGAUGAAACGGUGUACGCAUGUGGAGAGGGUGACCACGUCGUGCCACUUCCAGCAACUACGGCAGAUGUUGAAGUCGACGAAGCACGAUGCCAGGAUAUCAUCAAUCAGGUUGGUAGCGUCUCAGAUGAGCUACGCGACGGCCAGAUUUGCGCGCGCCAAGCUUGCUACUUGCCCAAUGUCGCGGCUGCGCGCGGAGGUCCGUUAGUCGGCCAUGCCGGGACCAAGGGUUUGUAUCUCGCUGCAGGUCAUACCUGCUGGGGUAUUCAAAAUGCGCCUGGUACGGGCAAGGUUAUUAGCGAGUUUGUCUUUGAUGGACAGGCCAAGAGCGCCAAGAUUUCCUCUCUUGACCCUAGAAACUAUCUUUAG